CCUGGGUGCUGGCACAUCUCCGCAGAGCUUGGCAGCCUCCCCGGGAGCGGGUGGGUGACCAGCAGAGGGCCUGGCUCUGCCGCUCCCCAGCGCAGCUUUUAUUCUGCCCAGAGCUCUCCGGAGAGCCCAGAGCAGCGGCUGGAGCCGGACAGACCGGCUGCUCCUCCGGAAGGCUCCCUCGCUGCCUGCAGCCCCGGGGUCCCUGUGCUCGGGGCUGCUCUGUCUCCCGGCACACGCUUUCUCCGGAGGGUGCAGAGGGGACGAUGCCUUCGCCGCCGCCACUUGUCGUCCUGCUGCUGAUGCUGCUGGUGCUGGGGGCUGCGGCGAUGCAAGGCAGGGCUGGGCAGCCUGGGGAAGGCAGCACCCACCAUGGCCAGGGUGCAGAUGGAGGUAAGACUCUGCAGACGAUUUCCCGGGACAGUUCAGAGGUCCAGGUGAGGAAGGAGAGGCUCCGCCGGGGGACGGAGGAGGACUCCAAGUCGGUGCAGCAGUACGUGCCAGGGGUGCGGGUGGAGUUCCCGCGGCCCCUCAACUCCGCCAGCCUGCACCCAACCAAGGCCCUGCUGCCAUCCAGCACGGACCCAUCUGAGCAGCAACAAAGGGUCCCCACAGACGGGGAGGGGGCAGAGCCCCGAGCCAACCUCACCACUGUGUCCGACAAGCGGUUGCAAAUCCAGAACCCCUUGUACCCAGUGACGGAGAACUCCUACAGCGCCUAUGCCGUGAUGUUCCUGUCCCUCAUCGUCUUUGCAGUGGGCAUCAUCGGAAACCUCUCUGUGAUGUGCAUCGUGUGGCACAACUACUACAUGAAGAGUGCCUGGAACUCCAUCCUGGCCAGCCUGGCUUUCUGGGACUUCCUCAUCCUCUUCUUCUGCCUGCCUGUGGUCAUCUUCAAUGAGAUCACCAAGAAGAGGCUGCUGGGGGACGUGUCCUGUCGCAUCGUGCCCUUCAUGGAGGUAUCGUCGCUGGGAGUCACCACCUUCAGCCUCUGCGCCCUGGGCAUCGACAGGUUCCACGCAGCCACCAGCCCCCAGGCCAGCGCCCGGCCCAUCGAGCAGUGCCAGUCCAUCAUCGCCAAGCUGGCUGUCAUCUGGGUGGGCUCCAUGACGCUGUCAGUGCCGGAGAUCCUGCUCUGGCAGCUGGUGCGGGACACGUCACCCGUGUCCGGCGUGGUGACGGAGUAUUGCACCAUGAAGCCCUCGUCCAGCCUGCCUGAGUCUGUCUACUCGCUGGUGCUCACCUACCAAAAUGCUCGCAUGUGGUGGUACUUUGGUUGCUACUUCUGCUUGCCCAUCCUCUUCACUGUGAGCUGCCAGCUGGUGACCCGGAGGAUCAGCAGCACCGAGAAGAAGACCGAGUGCCGAGGGACCAAGCAUAGCCAGUGCGAGAGUCACUUGAACUGCACCAUCAUCGGGCUGACCAUCAUCUACGGGCUCUGCACCACCCCUGAGAAUGUCUGCAACAUCGUGGUGGCCUACAUGUCCCCUGACAUGUCCAAGCAGACCUUGGACCUGCUCAACCUCAUCAACCAGUUCUUCUUGUUCUUCAAGUGCUCAGUGACACCCGUCCUGCUUCUGUGCCUCUGCAGACCCCUGGGCCAGGCCUUCAUGGACUGCUGCUGCUGCUGCUGUGAGGGCUGCAGCCCUGACACUGCCUCCAGCGAGGGCAGCGCCGACAGCAAGCUCAAAACAGAGAUGUCCUCCUCCAUCUUCUUUGACAAGCCCCGGGAGUCCCCUCCACCCCUCCUGGCCCUCGGCACACCUUGCUAA